AUGGCAACGGAUUACAUGGGAAGGAGAAGGAGAGGUAGAAGUAAGGAACGUAUCGGUUGGGUCCAAGGAAGCCUGGCACCACGUCCCGAUUUUACCUUUCCACCUCCUUCCCCACUUGCUCUCCGCUCUUCACUGAUUUCAUGGAUCCCAUUUUUGGGUAGGCAUUACACCGAGGGUUCACCUCGAUACAGGGAACGAGGUACCUCUCUCCACCCUCUCUCUAAAGAUCUACAAGGAGAAAUAUUUGAGAUCGAAAAUAUCAGUCAUGUGAUAUUGUCCUUGCCAAAUCGUUUUUCUUGCGACGAGAAGUCGAUGGCGACAUCAAAUAGCGCAAAAGACUGA